AUGUCUCAACGUAGAGACUUGACGUCCAACACGUACCAGAAUCCAAACCUCAGCAAUAGCCUGGAGUUUGAUUUAAGGUCUAAUAAUCCAUUUGAUCACGCUGAUCUAGUUGAUGAUGAUCAUGGAACUAACCGUAUUCCCAACCAGCUGAUGGAAUCCUCAAACGAUGACGACAGGGAGUCUGCUGCGAACUCUUAUUCAAACUCUACCGCGAACGCUCGUGGAACAGAAGCGGACCAACCAAACUAUGGUAAACCGUUCAACGCUUAUUCCGGUUACUACAACCAAUAUUCCGGUACAACUUCACAUUUAUUAUCCCAUGAAAACUCUUCUCUGGAUGACAAUACCAACAUGGCUUCCUCACAACUCCUCAACUCCAACUCAGCCAAUAAAAUGCAAACCCCUUCGGAAUUCGAUAGAUAUCCAUCCAUGGCUGGUUCGCGAGUGGUUUCACUGACCUCACUUUCUUCCCAUUUUUUUGGUGCGUCAAAGGAAGCCACCGGAGCCCAAUCAAACUCUAAUACCAAUGGAAAGUCUUCGGAUGAAUCGUUGAACAAUAAAUCAUCCUUAAUGGCUCCAUUUAUGGGAGUAGAUUUCAGUCCAUUUGGUGACUAUCCUGCCCUGUCUUAUCCUUUACAUAUUGAUGAGAAGGAACCGGAUGAUUAUUUACACAAUCCAGAUCCUAUUGCCGAUGCGGAAUACGACCGUAACAGAUUUCUUUAUGACUUGAAACAUAUGGACCGUAGAUCGUUGUGGGGUCUUAUUGGGUUCAUUGUUUUAUUCCUUGGUGCCUUGGGUGUGUUUGUUCUAUUUCCAGUAUUUACAUAUACCAUUAGUGAAAAGUACAAACCAGAAGUAUACGAAAUUUUGACAAGAUAUCAGUAUCCAAUUUUGGCAGCAAUAAGAACUGAUUUGGUUGAUCCAGAUACUCCACAAGAUGCCCGAACCAAAGUGGUUUCUACUGGAGAUACUUGGAAUCUUGUGUUUUCUGAUGAAUUCAACGCCGUAGGAAGAACAUUCUAUGAUGGUGAUGAUCAAUUCUGGACUGCUCCAGAUAUUCAUUAUGCAGCCACAAGAGAUUUGGAAUGGUAUGAUCCGGAUGCAUCCCUGACAGCAAAUGGUACAUUAAACUUACGUAUGGAUGCUUAUAAAAAUCAUGAUUUGUAUUACAGAAGUGGUAUGGUGCAAUCAUGGAAUAAGUUGUGUUUUACUCAAGGUCUCCUUGAGUUUUCUGCACAAUUACCAAACUAUGGUAAUAUCACUGGGUUAUGGCCAGGGUUAUGGUCUAUGGGUAAUUUGGGUCGUCCUGGUUAUUUGGCUACUACUGAAGGUGUUUGGCCAUAUACCUAUGAAUCAUGUGAUGUUGGGAUUACCGCUAACCAAUCUUCCAUUGAUGGUAUUUCAUAUUUGCCUGGUCAAAGAUUAAAUUCAUGUACAUGUAAUGGUCAAGUGCAUCCUAACCCUGGUGUUGGACGUGGUGCACCUGAAAUUGAUGUUUUAGAAGCUGAAAUGGAUACUAAUAUUAAGGUUGGUGUUGCGUCUCAGUCGUUUCAAGUUGCUCCUUAUGAUAUUUGGUAUAUGCCCGAUUAUAACUUUGUGGCUAUCCAUAAUGCUUCGAUUACAACGAUGAACACAUAUGCUGGUGGUCCUUUCCAACAAGCUGUGUCUGCUGUUACAACUUUAAAUACAACUUGGUAUGAAUUUGGACCGGGUGCUAGACAUUUCCAAAACUUUGCAUAUGAAUACAAAAAUAGUGACGAAGAUGGGUACAUAACAUGGUAUGUGGGUAAUAAUCCUACCAUGACGUUGCAUUCAUAUGCAUUAUCACCAAACGGGAAUAUUGGUUGGCGAAGGAUUUCAAAGGAGCCAAUGAGUAUGAUUAUGAACUUGGGUAUCUCCAAUAAUUGGGCGUAUAUUGAUUGGCCAUCUAUUCAUUUCCCUGUUACUUUCAGAAUUGAUUACGUUAGAAUUUACCAACCAGCAGAUGAAAUCAAUUUAACUUGUGAUCCUCCAGGACACCCUACUUAUGACUACAUUCAACAACAUGCAGACAUCUAUACCGACGCCAAUAUCACCAUGUUUACAGAUAAAUACCCAAGACCCAAGAAUACCCUUGUUGAUGGCUGUUCGUUAUAA